AUGUCUGGCAAUCAUGAGCACCAUGAAUCCUCUUCAAGUCGUUCUGCGCUCCUUAUUUCCUCGCGCAAGGAUCCGGAUUGUACGACAUCGGAGAGAUCCAGGCCGUCGGCCACAGCUGACUCUCCACAACGCCUCACAAGUGUUCGACCUGUCAUACACUUCUAUAAUAAAAACGAGCCCCACUACGGUUUCACGAACUUCUCCCCACAUCCCGUAAAGUACGACGAGAAGCAAUACCCGACAAGCGAGCAUCUAUUCCAGUCCUUCAAGUUUCAAGGCCGGUGGCCUGGAUUAGCAGAGCACAUCAGGACAUGUUCAGAUCUACCGAGUGUUGCAUUCUCGGAAGCGCGUCGCUUCCAGCCACAAGUUCGGAGUGACUGGAUCGACGUGAAUAUCGCGAAGAUGGAAGAGACGUUGCGGCACAAAUUCACGCAACAUUCCGCGCUCAAGGAAGAAUUAAUCGCAACUGGAGAUGCAGAGCUGGUGGAGAAUUCUGCCGAAGACUCAUUCUGGGGAAUUGGAGCCGAUCGUAAAGGGCGGAAUGAACUCGGGAAGGCGCUAGAGAGAUUGCGUGCCCAGUUCCGCGAGGCGCAACCUCGGAUUCUCGUUGAGGCUGAUCCCAUGAUGGAGUGA